AGAAGGGCAGACCGUGCACAGCAGAUCGCCAGUAGACAGGGAGGCGGGAGAUAAGAACGGAGCAGAGAGGAAGAGGGAGGGUGGGAGGCAAAGGAGAAGUCAAGCGUGCCUGGCUCUCGGCAAAAGACACACACACACACACACACACACACACACACAGAGAGAGAGAGAGAGAGAGAGAGAGAGAGAGAGAGAGAGAGAGAGAGAGGAGUGCAGCGGAAGGCGUGAAAGUAGAAAAGGUCACAGGAUACGAUCGGGCUUUGAUGCGGCGGCGACGACUGGCGGUUAAUGGUUUGGAAACAGAAAUCGGAAGGAGAGUGAGUGAGUGGAGGAGAGCAGCCGGUCGUCCUGAGACGCGGGCUUUGUUUUAUAUUGAGCAAAAUCCAUCCGGAAUGUUUGGUCAAAUAGCUUGUGCAUGCGUUUGCCGCGCCAUCCGCUGCAAUCCCUGAGUGCUGUGCGCGGGAGUGAUGACGGUGGCGAUAUUUGGACAGCGCUGCGCCAGUUACGCCUGCGCUCCAGCGGACGUUGCGGAAUCCGCCGGUGGGAGGGUUACCCCUUCUCCUCACAGCUCCACUAUAGCGGGCAGCAUUGUCAGUCGGACCGCGGAAGACCUGGGCAGCGCAUGGACGGGGAGAGCGAGGUAUACGAAUACGUGGCUCAUCAUGGGCUCGUCGGCGCGCUCUGACGAUCUCGCGUCCUCCAGAAAUGAGGGGUCUGGACAGUCCACGUGGCAUGACCGAUGCGCUUUCACGUCUUAUUCAUCAAACACAUCUUCUUUUCACUCGUCGCUGAUUUCCACUGCCAGGGCCGCCACCGCCGCCGCCGAUGGGCCAGGAAUUACAGCCCUUGCCACGCUGCCCCCAUUGCCGAAGGGCGACGGCGGCGGCGGCGGCGGCGGCCAACGCACGGAGGAGCUGCUCGAUGAAAGCCAUACCCUCACUCUUGACGCCAUUAGGGAUACGUUGAUCCGAUUAGAAGAUAGCAUAAUCUUCAACUUGAUUGAGCGCGCUCAGUACAAAUUAAAUAGACCAACCUACGACGCGAGCAUAACCUCAGUUCCGCCCCGGAAUGUUUGUCUUCUGGAAUUCCUGCUGAGGGAAACGGAGCAACUGCACUCCAGAGUUCGUCGCUACACAAGUCCUGACGAACACCCCUUCUUCCCUGAUGCCAUCGAGCGACCAGUUCUGCCUCCUCUCGUCUAUCCCAAGGUGCUGUGCCCGGGGGCUGAAGCCGUCAAUGUGAAUCUUGCCAUCUGGAAGAUGUACUUGGAAUGGCUUCUGCCGCAACUAGCGGAAGAGGGAGAUGACAGGAACUACGGGUCGGCUGCCACGUGUGAUGUCAUGUGUCUGCAGGCGCUGUCUCGGCGAAUCCACUAUGGAAAGUUCGUUGCCGAAGCGAAGUAUAGAGAAGCGAUGGCUGAGUACGACCAACUGAUUUACAACAAAGAUCGAGAAGGGAUAAUGAAGAAAUUGACCAUGAAGGCUGUGGAGGAUGCGGUCGUUCGACGAGUAGAACUGAAGGCGAGGAUCUUCGGUCAAGAUAUCCUCUUGUCAGGAGCUGCAGCCGGGAGUGAUAACGAGCCGCAGAAGAUCGACCCCGAAAUUGUUGCCCGUCUUUACCGAGACGGAAUCAUGCCGCUUACCAAGGAGGUGGAGGUUGAGUACCUUCUUCGGCGUCUCGACUUUCCCAGGACAUCUUGAUUCACAGAGAGGGUGCGUGGGCGCCUCAUACCUCUUCUCCCGGCUUGGCUCCCCCAUACCCCUCUCCUCUGGGGGCUGCGGCCAAGGGACGUGUCGCGUGUGCGCGCGCGCGCGAGAGAGAGAGAGAGAGAGAGAGAGAGAUCAGAUGUAGGCGAUGCAACAUUCUUGAUU